AUGAAUGGGACAGAGGCGGGCCAGCCUGAAAAUAUUAGUGCACACACUGAAAAUGAGCCUCAGCUGGGAACGGAGCUGGCCGAGUCAACCUCAGCACCGCCGAUCUCGAAGGAGGAGGUAGAGGCUAACAAUGUGAAUAAAGUUGAGGUGAAGAGAGCAGAUAAUGCACCCAGAGAAAUCCCAGAAAACCGAAAUGUGCCGCCCACUAGUAAGCCGGAAGUCGUGAAGAUCCAGGCCUGGUGGCGGGGUACCCUGGUGCGCCGGACGCUGCUGCACGCGGCGCUCAGGGUCCUCGUCAUCCAGCGCUGGUGGAGGCAGAUCAUGCUGGAGGCGCAGCAGAAGAGGCGGCGGGCGGCGCUGGAGACCUUCACGCGGAGGGAGUGGGCAGCAGUCAAGCUGCAGUCCUGGGUCCGCAUGUGGCGCAUCCGUCUGCGCUACUGCCGCCUGCUCCACGCGGUCCGCAUCAUCCAGACCUACUGGAGGUGCCACUCCUGCACUUCCCGCGGUUUCAUCAAGGGCCAGUACAGAGUCACGGCCGACCAGCUGCAUCUUGAGAUAGAGAUCCUGCUGGGCUCGGGGCCUUGCAUUGUGACGGAGUGUAUUCCCCUCCCAACAAAGUAGUGAAGUGGUCUUCUCCCAGCCUCUCUCUGUUGGACAAGCUCCAGGGGGUCAGGGCAAAUGACGGCAGAUGCUUAGUAUCCCAGGUGCCAGCUCUGAGGAGUUGGCAGGGGUUGUCUGAGGCCCUGAGGUUAUCUGAGGACAAGGAUUCUGAGCCCUUGUCCAGACUGAGCAGAGACUGUUUGGCCAUGCCUGCCUUAGGCAGGAAAGUCAGGGGUACAGAUCCGCCAUGUGGCCAACUCAGGGAGCAUCACUCAUGUUUGGUCCAGGUAAAUGGUGCCUCUCUCCAAGGUUGUGGAUAAUGGAAGUCUUAGGGGCAGGUGACGGGCAAACGCAGCACAUUUGCCAGGAAUUCACCCACGUACGUCUAGUUGCCCAUGAUUGAGAAGAGCCCACCCUCCCCAAGCUCUGGGAUCCUGGCUCCUGUUGAUUUGUAAACCGGCCUCCCUACAUUCCGGGUAAGGAGAGACUGAAGGAAGAGACACACCGCUCCAGAUCGAUAGGUGGCAGGGACCUCUGACAGUCCCUUCCUGUGAAAAGCUGCCACCUGCGGUGGGAUCGGGGCCUAAGUGAUGAUAAAGGGCCAAUUAAGAGGUCAAGGUCAGGCUGCCCUUCUGCCCAUCUGGGCACCGCCUUCCCAUGGUCCCCCGAAGACAGAGAGGGAUCUGGGAUCUUGGGCUAAUCUCCAUCAACGUUGCCAGCUCAGAAGCCUUUUUUCAGGCACUGUUCCACCUAUGCUGCCCUGACGGGCUGGUCCCUCAGCUCACUGGCAGAGGUUCUGAGAUGCAGCCCAGAGGUCUCGGGCUCCAGCUCUCUGUCUUGCACUGGGGCGUGAGCUCUAUGUCCUGCCCUGUCUGUGUCACACUCAGGUCCUGGUCUCUCCUGUCUCCUCUCCUUGCCUCCCUUUCUCUCUCCUGUUUGGUCUCUCGGAAUAAAGAACAAGGACUGUGGAGCCAGGCCGGCUGCGGUCAGACCCCUGUCCCCGCCCC